GUCAUUGUGUAGUACGGUGUACCCCACGCCCCGUCUGUCAAUGGUAGAAACCCCUAAACCCCUAAAUGUAACUGCCACGGUCAUCCUCUGAAGUCACCUUCCGAACCCAAAAAAUUGCCACUCUCUGCAAAACCCUAGAGCCAAAAGUACAGAGAAAGUAGAGAGAUGAUGGAAGCGGAAGAAGGACCGCCCAACAGAGAACUGUACGCGCUGCUUCACAUCUCACCGGAAGCCUCCGAUGAGGAAAUCAGAAAAGCUUACCGGCAGUGGGCCCAAGUCUAUCACCCUGAUAAAUACCAAGCUCCUCAUAUGAAGGAGACCGCUACAGAAAACUUUCAGCGGAUAUGCCAAGCGUAUGAGAUAUUGUCAGAUGAGAAUAAAAGGAAGAUAUAUGACAUUUAUGGGAUGGAAGGGUUGGCUUCUGGUUUGGAACUUGGGACAAAACUGAAUAAAGCAGAAGAGUUAAAGGAAGAACUGGAGAGGUUGCGGAAAAUGAAGGAACAAGAGAAGGUCGCAGCACAUUUCCGACCUUCUGGUACAAUAUUGGCCAAUAUGUCUUUACCACACUUUUUACAUGGCCAUGGCAUUAUGAGAGGGAUGGCUAUGACAAGUUCAGUUCAGUCUCAGAUAUCAAAGCACAACACCCUUUCAAUUGGUGGAAAUUUGGCAGUUAAUGGGAAUGCUGGCGGUGGAGCCGCUACAGUUGUAUUUGGACAUCAGAUGUCUUCCGUUUCUUCUGUAGAGUUCAUAGGUUCAGCUGGGUUACGGUCACUUAUUGGGGUGCAGACUACUCGUAACUUAUCAUCGCAUUUAACUGCCACAUCUGGACUUUCACUUUCUUUGAAAGAUGGUUCACUGAAUCUCACCAACAGUUGGACACGACAACUAUCUGAAACUGCAAGUGGAAAUAUACACCUCUCUUUAGGCUCAGAAUCAGCCGUGUCAGUAGGUUGGCGAAAGAAACAAGAGAAAUUGUCUGCUGCUGGAGAGCUGAAGUGUGGCAUAGAUUCUUUUGAGGCAUCAGCUCAUUACAAUCAUCGCUUUUCAUCAAAGUCUCAUGGCCGUAUUUCAGGAAAAAUUGGAAGCACUGCCCUUGAGAUUGAAAUUGGUGGUGGGAGAAAGUUAUCUCAGUUCAGCACUGUCCGCAUGUUGUAUUCAAUAGGAAUUCAGGGUAUCUUUUGGAAAUUUGAGUUGCAUCGCGGGGGUCAAAAGUUAAUUAUCCCUGUUUUGCUAUCGAGGCAUUUGGAUCCUGUGUUUGCAACUGGAGCAUUUCUAAUUCCAACAUCAGUGUACUUCGUACUCAAGAGAUUCAUUUUGAAACCUUACUACCUUAAGAGGGAAAAGAAGAAGGCGUUAGAGAAUAUGGAGAAAACUUCUGCACAGGUUCGAGAGGCAAGAGCAGCAGCAGACAAAGCUCAGAAGUUACUACAGAAUGUAGCAACGAGAAAACAAAAUAGGCAGCAAGAAAUAGGGGGCCUGGUAAUUUCAAAUGCAUUGUAUGGGAAUCUCAAAGCUUUGAAGAAAAGCAAUGCACCAGUAGAAUCAAAUGAUUCACAGGUCAUUGAUGUUAAACUGCCUCUAAAUUUCCUUGUCAGUGACUCUGGAGAACUGAAGCUUCAUAAGGGCGUAAAGAAGUCUGGCAUUAUGGGAUUCUGUGAUCCCUGUCCUGGAGAACCUAAACAGUUGUACGUGGAAUACACUUAUGGUGGCAGCCGAUAUGAGGUUACGGUUGACGAUUAUGAAGAGCUGCAAAUACCCCAGGAAGAGCACAGAAUUUGAUUUUCAUUUGACCAUGUUUAAAUCUACAUUUGCUUACCUUUAUAUCUCCCAAUUUUGCAUCUUCCUCCUUUCAUAAACCCCCAACUCCCUCACAAAUAUUGUAUUUAAUUUAGAAACCUGCAAAUAAGUUUGUUUGUGUGUGUAUUAAUAACCACAUUUUUAUGUCCUGGAUUUUACUGGUCCCAAAUGCACUUAAUAAAAAAAAAAAAUAACAUUUGAAAGAAUUGACAGAA